AUGCAGUUAAAACAAAGCGGGACUUUUGCUGUUAGAGUUCUAAUAAUUAUAUGCCUUCAGACCUACGCCUCACAUGCCUAUCAAACUCUACUCGAUGGUCUACAAUUGGGUUUAACUAAUUUUCAACAAGAACUUCUAAGGCCCUCAAUUCCCCGCAAUAAUGAGGUCUUUGAUUUUAUUGUGGUGGGUGCCGGUACAGCGGGCAGUGUAGUGGCCAAUCGUUUAUCGGAGAAUCCCAACUGGAGUGUGGCCUUAAUAGAGGCUGGUGGCACGGAAAAUAUUUUUAAUUUAUUACCCGUUCUUUGCGGUUAUAUGCAGGUCACUAAUGCUAUUUGGAACUAUAGAACGGUGCCACAGAAACGUGCCUGCUUUGGCAUGAAUAAUAAUGAGUGUCUACAUCCUCGUGGUAAAAUUAUGGGUGGCACUAGUUCUAUUAAUUUUAUGAUCUAUAAUCGUGGUAAUCGUCGUGAUUUUGAUAGUUGGGCUGAGGCUGGUAACUAUGGUUGGUCUUACAAGGAUGUUUUACCCUAUUUUCUUAAAUCGGAAAUGGCCAACUUAGAGGGUUUAGAAUUUACUCCUUAUCACAAUCAAAGUGGUCCUUUAAGUGUGGAAUAUGUACAGUAUCGUACACAAAUAGUUCAUGCUUUCAUAGAAGGUGCUCAACAGGCUGGACAUUCAUAUACCGAUUAUAAUGGUGAAUCUCAAUUGGGUGUUUCAUAUGUACAAGCCAAUACUAGAGGCGGUCGUCGCCACAGUGCCUAUCGUGCCUUUAUAGAACCGAUUAUGUUUAAACGUCCAAACUUGAAAAUAUUUACUUUUUCCCGGGUGACCAAAGUUUUAAUAGAUCCUUCUACAAAAGCCGCCUAUGGCAUAGAGUUUAUAUAUCGUAAAAAACUUUAUACAUUUAAGGCCCGCAAGGAGGUUAUACUAUCGGCUGGUUCAUUUAACUCACCACAAAUUCUUAUGCUGUCGGGUGUAGGACCACAAGAUAAUCUAUCACGUUUGGGCAUAAAGAUCUUACAAGAAUUGCCUGUGGGUGUUAGAAUGUUUGAACAUGCUUCACAUUUUGGUCCCACAUUUCUAGUCAAUACCACCGAUCAGGCAUUAUUUACCACACGUUUUCGUCUAACCGAUGUUUUGGGUUUUUUGGCUGGCAGACCCGAUACCCGCUUGUCUACCCUAACAGGUGUCGAGGCUUUGACUUUUUUGAAAGUACCCGGCUCAACACUUCCUAAGGAUUGGCCUGAUUGUGAAAUUAUAUUUGCCAGCGGCAGUUUGGCUUCAGAUGAUGGUACUGCUUUGAAAAUUGGCGCCAAUAUCAAAGAUGAAAUCUAUGAUCGUGUCUAUAGGCCUUUAAUGCAGCGACAACAGGAUCAUUAUACUGUAUUAAUAAUGCCCUUUCAUCCCCGAUCGGUGGGUCGAGUAUGGUUGAAAAAUAAAAAUCCUUUACAAUGGCCCAUGAUUGAUGCGAAUUAUUUUGAUGAUCCUCGAGAUGUGGAAGUCAUGUUAGAGGGCAUUAAGGCAGCCAUACGUAUAGCCCAAACAACGGCCAUGCAAAGAAUAGGUACAAGACUCUUAGAUACACCUUUACCGGGCUGUGAAUCCUAUAAGUUUGCCUCGGAUGACUAUUGGCGUUGUUCGAUACGCACUAUGACUUAUACGUUGCAUCAUCAAGUGGCCACUUGUCGCAUGGGCCCGGCAACAGAUCCUACAGCUGUAGUAAGUCCAGAACUUAAGGUACAUGGUAUACGUAAGCUAAGAGUAGUGGAUGGUGGUAUUAUACCUUUCCCCCCAACGGCCCAUACAAAUGCUCCCACCUUUAUGAUUGGCGAAAAAGCAGCCGAUAUGAUAACAGCUGCCUGGGGAGAUUGA